AUGUAUGGACAUUCCUCGAGAUUUCAAAGGUAUUCCAUCCGAACGAAAAUGAGAAAGUUUCGUGAUACGCCCCAUAUUCUAAGAUCGGUCUCCAGGUGUUUGAGCGUUCAUACUUCCGGUCCUCAAGGAGUUGACCGGAGAAUCCCAUCGUUUGAUCAUUCUGAUCUGGAUUCCACAUCAACUUUAGUAUCCACUGAUCCUUUUCAGUUGUAUAUGAGUUAUGUUGCAUCGGGUUUAAUGAUAAAGGAUGAAGCUCAGUUGAGAGCAAUGAAAGAGUUCCAAAAGCUUUACCAUCGUGUGAUAGACUAUAAACCUCCACAAGAAAUAGCAAUAAGAACACUGAUUCUAAUGAAGAAAUUGGAGCUUCAGCAUGCAGAGGAAGUAUCGCAGGUUAACCUGCAAGUAGAGCCGCUUCACCGGCUACGUCUGUGGUUUAAAAAGGACAUCGAGACGAAGAAAAAGGACUUGAUUAGGUAUUUGACAGAUGAAGAAGAAUUAGCAAACAUUGCUGCACCUCAAGGUCUCUUGGUAAAUGGCGAAGUUGGAUGCGGGAAAUCAAUGCUCAUGGAUAUCUUUGCAAGCACUUUACCGUAUAAAUCAAAAAUGAGAUGGCAUUACAAUAAUUUUAUAUUGUGGGUAUAUGAGGAAAUCCACAGGAUUCAAAAGGAGAAAAUGUUGACCUUAUCUGUUUCAGGAAAGCAUAAGAUGACCAUUGAAAAUGAAUUUAUCUUGUUUGAGAUAGCACAGAAAAUGAUAUCGCGGAGCACAGUAUUCAUGUUAGAUGAGUUUAUGUUACCUGACGUUGCUUCAGCUCAAAUCGUUCGAAUACUUUUCACUUAUUACUUUAAAUUGGGAGGUGUUCUUAUUGCAACCUCCAACAAACUCCCUGAAGAACUCUACUCGUCGGAGUUCAAUAAGUCUCGUUUCAAAUCUUUUGUUGGCAUACUCAAUACCCGGUGUGUCGCAGUCGAUAUGAGAUCCAGCAUAGAUUAUAGAGCACAAUUUGCUCUAGACUCUGUUGUCAGCCCUAACUUGGUUGUGCAAGAAAAUAACAUGAACCAUGACAUAGAAUGGCUUGAUUUGGUCAAAAGAAGAGCGUUACAAAUUGAACCACAUUCUUAUUUGCAUGAUCCACGGAUUCUGAUUCUGGAUUUACCGUCAAAACGGUCCACAUUUACAGUUUACAAUCGUACAUCGACUUUGGAUACUACAUUCAAGGAUAACUCUGUGUGUUACGUAACGUUUGAUUACAUUUGCAAAGGGCUAUUCAGCUCAUCUGAUUACAUAACUCUCGCUUCUAUUUACCAUACUGUGAUUAUUGAUUCAGUCCCAGUGAUGACCCGCAAAAUGAAAAAUGAAGCCAGAAGAUUUAUCACCUUAUUGGAUGCUUUAUACGAGGCAAGGUGCCAGUUAUAUCUUAGAACUGAGGCACCUGUUGAGAAGCUUUUUUUCCCGGAAGGUAAAAAAGAGGUAGAUACUGCCUCGGUGCAAGAAGAGGAAAUGUUCGCUAAAAACUGCAAUCGCAGCUUCGAAUCCGUAUAG